UUUUAGAACUGACAUUAAAGCCCAUUUUUAUUUUAUUUUUAUUUUUAUUUUUUAAUUUUGUAAAAAUUCAACUUUCUCUCUCUUACUUUACUCUUUUCUCAAACCCUCCCCACACUAUUUUUCAUCUUUCUCAAAUUUCUUUCACCCUUCUCAAUCUCGAUCACUUUCUUCCCUCUCUUCUUCGAUAGCUGCUCAAUCUCAUCACUUUCCGACCGGCUCUACCACUUACUUGAACUACUUGACCACCGCAACCCCCGGCACAGCCCAUCCAUUCGCAGUACGUUGAUGAUGAAUCCGAUCAAGAUUCUCUGGUCUCUCGCUUUCAACGCUACCUCAGAAUCUAAACCGCACAUCCAGAUCCCGAUUACGCCUCCGCCGUCGCUUCCUCAGAUCUCAAGCACAAGAAAUCGGUCUCCAUACGCAGGCACUCCAGUUCGGUCCAGAUCUGUAGCAGCCAACCGCGCGCAGCCAUCUGAGCCGAUUGUUGUGACGAAGGUGGAUACUGAAAUACAGGGGGUGCGGAAGGUGGAAGAGGUUAGCGAUAGUGAUGGCGAUGGCGAUGUAGAGAGUGCCGAUGGCGGUAAGGUUGGGAGAAGACGGAAGUUGAUGGAGAGUUUAUCGAUUAAGAAAAUUAAGAAGGAGGAAUUGAGGAAGAAGAUCUUGUUAGGGUUUAGAAUUUGUGGAUUUGCCUUCUGUUUGGUCUCGGUUUCGGUUAUGGCUUCUGAUAAGGAUCAGGGCUGGGCUUCGGAUUCAUUCUAUCGCUAUAAGGAAUUCCGGUACUGUAUGGCAGUGAAUGUUAUUGGAUUUGUUUACUCUGCACUUCAAUCCUAUGAUCUUGUCUAUUUUCUCUCUACUGGAAAACACAUGAUCCGUAAUCACUUCAAGCAAUAG